CAGUACCAAAUCCUCGAGGAUGAACAUGAAGCAGAUUGUCGGUUUUGCGGGGGUAGGCCUGGCGUGUCUUAACGUCUUGUUUGCACUUCUGGCUAUAGCACUCGUGGUUCAUUAAUCCAUCAGAGCACAGUGGUUUGUGGAAAAGAUGUUGGGAUGAAGAGUGUACAACGUAUACCAUGGUAUCAGGCUCCAUGAAGGCCACACGUGUAUUCGUUAUCCUCGGAUUCUUCGCCACGGUAUGUGCGGCGGUUACUGCUGGCCUAAGAGUGUUUAAGAUGAAAGAUAAACAAAAUAUGUUCUACGCCACUAUUGGACUAUCGUUUGUUGCAGGCCUUUGCUUACUGAUCGGCUUUGCAAUCUUUGCCUACGAGACAAGACUUGAUGUAAAACUCGAAGGUAUGAACUAUGGAGCCGGGUUCGCUCUAUGCGUGGUAGCGUGGCUGUUCAGUUGGAUUCACGCGGGGCUCAUCGUCGUUCAUGGACGUCUGCCAGACGUUUAGACCAAAUACUAUAUCAAAACGUUAGACGUUUAAUUGCAUUCGGAAUCGGUUGUUUCUUUACAAACUAU